UGACACGCUACACACAUACCAUGCCGGCGGCAGCAGCGCCACCACUGGGCCAUCGGCUGAAAACACCGCUUCCCCCGUCGUCGUUCAAGACCUCGGAUAGCCCCAAGGCAAGUCCCAAAGCUACCGCCUUUCACCCUUCCACGCCCCCGCUGACCCCCUCCGAACCCCCAUCAUCGUCCUCAUUAUCGCUUUCCCCAACAUCUCCUCCGGACACGACGACCCAGUCCCCAAAAUCCCCUCGAGCAAUACGAGAGCUAAUUUCCAUUGAGCCAUGGUCCACCGAAGACAUCGACAUGGACUUGUCCGCCGCCACGACUUUGCUAUCGUCCCCACAAACCCACCCAACCCACCGACAAGGAAGUACACCUAACGUCACAGCCAGUGCCACCAAACUGGUUGGGCACGCCCCAUCUUCUGAACGAAACGCAUGGCAGAGCGGCAUCGAGGCGCCAAUAGCGUCGAUGGCUCACAUGAUGCGAGGAGGGCUGCCGCAACCGACCAGUCAAGUGGACUUGUUGCCCCUGCCGCUGUGGGAGAGGCCGCCCCAGGUGGCGCUGGACACGUCACCCCAGAAGAUGGACCCCGAGAUGAAGAUCUUUCUCGACGCAUUUGCCUCGCGACGACAGACUGUUCGAGUGGCGACCGCGCCGUCGUCCCCCGCCAAAAUGGUGCCGCCGACCCCUUCCAUGCCAGAGUCGUCACAGUUAGCAGCCAGACCAAAAACAACCCACGCGUACUCCAGUGUGCUGCGAAUGCACCAGAUGGGCGAGAUCGAGGAAAUCCGACUCGCCUUUGAACGCCAUCGUCUCUCGUUCGAGAAUCAAGUGUUUGAGCGUGCGCUGCUUAUCCCUGAAGACAAGACCACUGCAGAAUGCGUCGCACAUCUGCCCCUUCCUGGCUCAAGGUUACCUGACAACCCCCUCUUGGCCCAGAAAAGCCUGCUCUUCAAGAUGAGCAGCACAUUGUCGACAAAGAAACCCAAAAAGAAAGCCAAAAAGAAAAAGAAAGCCAAAAUGAAAGCCAAAAAGUAAUUCACAUUCGCUAUUAAUAACAGUAACUGUAAUAAAUAUUAUUAAUAUUAUUAGUAA